GUAGCCUGGGGCGAUGGGAGUGAGUUUUGUCUCCUGGCCCAGCUCCUCCUCCUCCCGCGAUCACAUGAGCAGGGCCAGAGGCGAACAGUCCUGUUCUAGCACUUCUUUGCCCCUUCCCUCCCCCCUCCCCCCCCCCCCCCCCCCCCCCCCACUUCUGUUCCCCAGAGCUGGAAUCUUCGGAGGAUUGAGACGGUCCGGGUCGGGGGCGCAAGGACUGUUUACUAUCUGCAGAGCACAGGUCAGAUCAACAGAUUUCAGCAUGACAGAGAGAGCCUGGUGCUGUUCCCUAAAAAUAGUUCAAAAAAGGCUUCCCGUACUGGGAUGGCUUCCCCACUACUCUCUGAAGUGGUUACAACUGGACAGCAUUGCUGGGUUCACUGUGGGGCUUACUGUUGUACCCCAGGCUCUGGCCUAUGCUGAGGUGGCUGGAUUGCCUGUCCAGUAUGGUCUCUACUCCUCCUUUAUGGGAUGUUUUGUGUAUUUUUUCCUGGGCACCUCCCGGGAUGUGACGCUGGGCCCUACAGCCAUCAUGUCUUUACUGGUUUCCUUCUACGCCUUACACCAGCCUGCCUAUGCUGUGCUCCUAGCUUUCCUCUCUGGCUGUAUCCAGUUAGCCAUGGGGAUCCUGCACUUGGGGUUCCUUCUGGAUUUCAUUUCCCUUCCUGUUAUUAAAGGUUUCACAUCUGCUGCUUCCAUCACCAUUGGGUUUGGCCAGAUCAAGAACCUCUUGGGUCUACAGGACAUUCCUCAGCAGUUUUUCCUUCAGGUGUAUUACACUUUCCUCAGAAUUGGGCAGACCAGGGUAGGAGAUGCUGUCUUAGGGCUGAUCUGCAUAGUGCUCCUGCUGCUGCUGAAGAUGAUGAGGGAGCAGGUGCCACCCCUCAAUCAACAGGUGCCGCCUUGUGUCCGGCUCAGCCGCCUGAUAGUCUGGGCCACUGCAACAGCCCGCAAUGCUUUAGUAAUACUGUUUGCUGGCUUGAUUGCCUACUCCUUCCAGGUGAUGGGAUCUCAGCCAUUCCUUCUGACUGGGAAAACAGCAGAAGGUCUUCCUCCCUUCCAGCUUCCUCCUUUCUCUCUGGUCACUCCCAAUGGGACUGUGCCUUUUCACCAAAUGGUACAGGAUAUGGGUGCUGGGCUGGCUGUGGUGCCCUUAAUGGCCCUGUUGGAAAGUAUCACUAUUGCCAAAACCUUUGCAUCUCAAAACAAUUAUCACAUUGAUUCCAACCAAGAGCUGCUGGCUAUUGGUAUUACCAAUUUACUGGGGUCCUUUGUUUCUUCCUACCCUGUCACUGGCAGCUUUGGACGGACAGCAGUGAAUGCCCAGACAGGGGUAUGUACUCCAGCAGGAGGACUAGUGACAGGAGUUCUGGUAAUGUUAUCUCUUGCCUAUUUGACUCCACUUUUCUACUAUAUACCCAAGGCUGCUCUGGCAGCUGUCAUCAUCAUGGCUGUUGCCCCUCUAUUUGAUGCUAAAAUCUUCUGGAAGGUCUGGCAUGUAAAAAGAAUGGAUAUGGUACCAUUGUGUAUAACUUUCUUACUCUGCUUUUGGGAAGUGCAGUAUGGCAUCUUGGCUGGAACCCUGGUAUCUGGAAUGAUUCUACUUUACCAUGUAGCCAGACCCCAAAUUCAGCAAGUAUCAAAAGGCUCAGUGCUUAUCCUGCAGCCCAUUAGUGGCCUUCACUUUCCAGCAGUUGAAGCUCUUCAGGAGACUCUAUUUAGCCAGGCUCUUGCAGCAUCACUCCCAUGUUGUACCAUCUUGGACUGUACCCAUGUCAGCAGCAUUGAUUAUACGGUGAUGACAGGACUUGGGGAAUUGCUAGCAGAGUUUCGAAAUCAUGGGGUUUCCUUGGUUUUUGCCAAAUUACAGGCUCCUGUUCUUUCUGACCUUCUGAAUGCUGACCUGAAGGGAUUCCAAUAUUUCUCCACCCUUGAAGAAGCAGAGAACUAUCUGAAUGAAGAGUAAAGUUUCUAGCCCUGUGAUAUCAAUGAAGAUUCCACCAGAACCCAGAUUUAUCCCAUUUAUGCCACCAAUUGGCCUUAUUCUAGGGCAAGAGAUGGUGAAAAGGUCUCUCCAUCAAUAUAUACCAUUGAUGCUGUCACUGUGGAUUUCCCUUAUGAUGCAUCUUUUGGGCAGGCGUACCCACAGAAAACUCCCGCAGGAGAUACUAUGGAAAACUGAUGGAAGAAAAACAUAGUCAUCUUAAAAUGAACUCAGAUCUUUAGGGAACAAUGAUUUGGAGCAUUUGACUCAGAUGAAUGACAAUUUCUAGCAUUCUCAGAGAAUUGCUCUUCUAACUGAAAAUGAUUUCUAUUUCUCCUCUCAUUUCCUUCCCCUACUUCUUUACUCCUGGUCUAUAUUUAGACCUGCUUACUCCUAACAAUAAGGGACCUUCCUAUCAGUUUUCAAGCAAUACAAGGGCCUUCCCUUAGCCUUGACAUCAGAGUUGAGUCAUGUAAAUACAAAGAGAACCCUUGAGCUGGAACUUUGGUUCGAUUUUGGACUUUAGAAAUUCCAUUAAAAAGAAAAAGGGCAUGGUAGGGAAGGUAAGAGGAAACUCUAUUAAUGUGAUUUCUUAGUGUAACGAGAGGACAAUAACACUCCUUGAAUUUUCCUGGAUACUGGAUUAUAUCAGAACUGGAAAGGACCUAAGCAGAUAUUUAGUCAAGCCCCCCUCAUUUCACAGGUGAGGAAAUAGAAGACCAGAAAAGUUAAGUAAUUCACCAUAUGAGCUUGGACAGUAAAUAUCAGAGCUGGGAUUAGAACUCAGGUCGUGACACAGUGGACAGAGUUCCCCUACCCAGAAUCAGAAAGG